GCCCGGUGGACUGCUACGUUGUGCGUGAUGAUGUCAAAGGCAGUUGCCGGUAAGUAGAGUGACCUUCGUAGGACCGUCAGAAGCGCCGUCGGCUCAGAGGGACGCUCGGUUUUCUUCAGGGCUCGGAAGCUGCAGCUGAUCAUGGGUGACGUGGACAAGGGAAAGAAGGUGUUUGUCCAGAAAUGUGCACAGUGCCACACCGUAGAGGAGGGGGGCAAGCACAAGGUGGGCCCCAACCUAUGGGGUCUGUUUGGGCGCAAAACCGGGCAGGCGCCUGGUUACUCCUACACAGACGCCAACAAGAGCAAAGGCAUCACCUGGAACGAGGACACCCUGAUGGUGUACCUGGAGAACCCCAAGAAGUACAUUCCUGGAACUAAGAUGAUCUUUGCAGGCAUCAAGAAGAAGGGCGAGCGCCAGGACCUCAUCUCCUACCUGAAGUCAGCCACUUCAUGAAGAAGCCCCAGAAUCUGAAUAUUUCAUGUUAUUUGCUUGUUUUGGCCCAUAAUGAUCAUGACGGUUCAUGACUCACUUUUAAACCCUUCUCCAACACAUGCUCCUCAUGAAACGCCGCUGCCUCUCGCACCACAACGGUUUUCAGACACAUUCACUGGAAGUUUUCAGGCGCUGGGGGGGGCUCCAGGGUUCUGUCUCUGCUGCAGCUCCUCAGCCAGAACUCUUUGGUUCUUUGACUGCUGCCUUGAUGAAGGCUCCUGGGUGGAGUCAGGGUGAAAUCAGCUGGUGGAACAAUAAUCUGGCUGCCGGGGGGGGGGCUCCAUCUGGACCGGGGGGUUUUAUGAACCUGGUUUCACAGCCGGGCAGUAUUGGUUUUAUUUAUUAACUAUACUCUGUGUUUCUGUGUUGAAGCUGCGUUUUCUGUGGACAGGAAGUGUCAGAUCAAAUUAAACUUCAGAUGUGAAAGAAUG